AUGGCCAGUGGAGCUGCAUGCACUACCCUGCGGACGGAGUGCCUGAUGGCCAAGCGAAUCAAGGAGUACAAGGGGGUCUUCGAGAUGUUCGAAGAGGACAUGGGGGUGAAGACAGGCGAGCUGGAGUGGCUCAUGAGCCUGCUGGGCGUCAACUCCGCCAAAAGCAAGCUGGCCUCCAUGGCCCAGGACGGGGACAGAGGCAUCAAAGGGUUCUUCAACUGUGACAGCUUCCUGGCCCUGGUGGGGCCUUACUGGGAGAAGGCCCUGAACCAAAGGGUGACUUUCUGUGUCUUCGACAAGGAGGGCAAGGGCUCCAUCAACUGGGACACACUCAAGUAUGUGCUCAUGCAUGCAGGUGACUCCCAACGAGGUGCUGACGAAGAUGGGGAUGGGACCAUUGGCUCUGAGGGCAAGCGGGGCACAGGCUCUGGGAGCCCAUGGUCUGCCCAAGCUGGGCUGCUGACCUGUCCCUCUGCUCCCCUCCCAGAGUUUGUGGCCAUGAUGACCGGAGAGUCCUUCAAGCUGGUCCAGUAGGAGCUGGUACUGUGGCUGCAGGAGGCCUGCCUGAGGAGGG